AUGAGGCGCAGGUCUGGAGCAGACGGUCUUAUCGCAGAAAUGUGCCGUAACUCCAGUGAAUUUGACGACUCACUAAUGCGUACUGACGAGGCGCUAUUUGUUUGGCGCUGCCGAGUCUGUGGUGAAUCUGCUCAAUCUAAAAAGGCUUGCCCGUCUUGCAGUAUGAUUCAUUGCACUAGUUGUUCAGAAAUUUGCGCUGUUUGUUCUCGAAGAGUGUGCAUGCUUUGCUCCUUGCUUUCAGGAGAUAGCUAUCAUUGUUUGGAUUGUUAUAAUAGCAAAAUUGAUUACACUAAAAAACGGAAGUAG